AUGGUGGGUGAUUGUGACAUGCGUGGGCGAGAUGAGAGGAUGGGCGCCUUGUUGCCGUAUGGCCCUUAUCAUUGUGAUCAGGGCGUAGCAGGCAUGGGAAGAAGUUGGGGCGGGCGGGAGAGUUGGGCCUGGAGAGGUGGUGCUCAACGGGGCGAUUUCAGAAGAGGGCACUCUGGAAGGUUUGGUGGUUUUGGUAGGGGACGAGCUGGGCAGUAUCUUCUGCCAGGUGGAGCUGGGAGAGGUGGACCUUUGGAGCCGACGUCUAGAAGAUGGGUGUGGCAUGAAGAUGGGCGACAGACCCAUGUUCAAGGAAAAGGAGAUGAGGCUGGCGAGUUUUCUGAAGCCAAUGGGGGUGCUUCCGAGCUGGAGAAAGACACUGAUGUGGAAAUGUCAUUAGUGGUUGAGGAGGGCAGGGAUGGAGGCGAUGCUGGUAAGGAGAGUGGGUGUUGCUCUAGGUGCUCAAAAAAGGGGCAUGCAUCGGCGGCUUGCAAGGUGGAGAAUUGGGAGUUGAUGGAGCUUGGGGAAGACGAGUUUCUUACCCAAUUCCCUUCCAAGGCUGAGCUGUUACGUUCAAUAGCAUAUGGGGGAGCGGAUGCAAAGGGGGAAGGAGUGCCUGAUGGUAUUAGAAUGCAGUUUGAAGAGUGGCAUGAAAAAGAAGAGGGCUUCCUGCUACCCAAGGUGUGGGUGAGGACUGUGGACAUGGAGACCACGAGGAAGAAUGAGUUUGGACGCAUUUUAGUUGAGGUGCUUGAUCCUAAGCUGAUUCCGAGGAUGCUAGAUGUGGUGAUUGGUGAUCAUUAUUUUGACUUGGAGUUUGAAGUGGAGAAGAGGGAAGGCGAGGGAGAUGGAGAGGGGAAGAGCCAGGGUCCAAACAGUGACGAUGGACUGAAUAAUGAUCAAAAGAAGCUGAGAAAUAACAAGCGCUAUAAAGGGAGUGACGGGGAGGACAAUAGGAGGGAUUCCCGAUCAGAGAAUGAUGUUCCUGUUAAUGGGCAUGUUCUCAGUAAGGAGGAAUUUGAAGAAUUCCUUAGUUGGAAGGCCAGCAAGAUACUCGAUGAAGUGGUGGAAGAGGUUUUGGAGGACCUAGCUGAUAAAGUGGUGAAAGAGUCGGAUGACUCCAUGGAGGGGGCAACUGAUAACCUUGGGUUGGCUAAGAUCAAGGAGCUGGGUGAAGAUGCAAAAGUUUUUACUAAAGAAGAAAGGGAGAAGAGUUGCUCGGUGAUGGAUGUGGUCGAACCUGCUAGUACGAAGCUCGUAGGAGCUGCAUUAAUCAAGGAGGUGGUCCAUUCUCUGACAAGGGCGAGUCCAAGGCUUGCUGGAGUGGUGGGUGAGCACUCUCUGGUGCGGGCUGAGCGCUUAAUGCAGUCCAAAAAUCUAGAAUGCAACAAAGGUAACUACCAGGCUGACCCUUCUUAUUCUAUACCCCUUUCAAUUGCGAUAGACAAUUUGCGAGCUUUAGGAUUAGGGACGGGUACUGCAAACGGGAUUCCUUUGAGUGGAGUGUUCGUAACCUAG